GACCAAUGAUAUCGCCUGGAUGUUCGUCCGAGGCAACGCAGCUAAUCCCAAAACAGCAACUGGGACAACGUCCGUGUUUCCCACCAAUGUCAUCCAAUGAGUCAAUUUACUGUUGGAAGAGCCUAGAUCUCUUGGCUGUGCGAUUGUCGACUUGAUAUAACCUGAGGCCUCUACGGUCAUAAAGGAGUGUCACUAACACCAAAUCAUACACACCAAAAACGAAUUUGAUCACCAGCACUCCGACACUACAAACCGUUCUUUAGAGCCUUUCACACUUUGCGAACCCGUCAGAGUCAAUGCCAUUGGGCACUACCACUACUGCAACUCUCACCGUCACUGCUCCAGUCAAUAUGGAUUCCCAAUUUCAACAAAACACCUCAACAACAAUCUCGAGUCGAGAACAGACCCCCGAGACCUUCGAAGACGACACCGUCGAGUCAUCUCCUCCCAGUACAGAUUACGAAUUCGAUGAGUCCCAAUGUCUAUUUUGCAACCAGAAGAACACAGACUUGGACCAGAACUUAGCCCACAUGUUGAAGGCGCAUGGAUUGUACCUCGAGAAGAACAAUCUGCUGGUUGAAGUCUCCUCACUGCUUGCGUACUUCCAUCUUAUCAUCUCCGGAUACUACGAAUGCCUCUACUGUGGAACAGAGCGUAAUACUCGCCAAGCCGUACAGCAACAUAUGAUGGCCAAGGGUCAUUGCAAAUACGACAUUUCCGACGAGGAUUCCGAACUCAGAGACUUCUACGACUUCCCCUCGUCGGAAGCGAAAGAGAAACUCCAAAACACCUUGGACUCUCAACUUCCAUCCCAGGCAAAAUCUAAGAAACCACGACCAUCGAAGCGGUCGCCCCGGAGCAGCACCGAAAUAAUAGAUUCUCCACUCCAAGAGGAACAACCACCCUCCCUGUCGACGACAACGUCCGGCGGGGAACAAACGUCGAAUGUUGCCGAGAAUAACGGUGACAAUCAAGUCCAACUCAGCACAAGAGCACAGAAGCAGGAAGAUACACUCAACAACCAAUUAUCACGGCUUCGUGCCGAUGAGCGAAGAAGUCUUGUACAUUUACCGGCUUCACAGCAACGCGCCAUUCUUGCAACUCACCACAAGCAGAUGGAGAAGGCUAGAAGAACGGAACAGCAUAAGCGGGGUCGUUUGGAAUCUUCAGGUAACAUCUUCGGUCGUUUAGGCACGGUGCGGCUGGUUCGUCAACCCCCGCACUUUGGCAAUGUCUCCGGCUUGAACCGAUGAUUCCAUAGAGGGAGGGGAUUGAUGAGAUUACACAACAACAUGAUACUUCUUUGUACCGACUUCGCAUUCUGUGUUGUACCCCAGAAGAUUGUGUCAAAUACCAAUAUCUGAAUGGUACAGCACAAGAACCGAUAUCACAUUAUUUUCUUCCGGGUGUCAUGGAAAAGGAGAUGCAACGAUGAAAAAUGAUGGGCUGAGCCAAGAACUUCGAUUGGUUCUCUUAUGUUGACUGGCUAUCAGGACCGCUGAAGGGAUAGGGUCAAGAUCGGGGUGCUUCCACCAAAUAUGAUGCCAGCAAGCCACUGAUCCUCAAUUCCAGCAUCCAGUGAGUUUGGAGUGGUAUCGAGCUAGUGGUUAAGGAUACCAAUCUUAGCCAGAGUGCUCACGAACCCAUGCCUUGUAUGAUUAUGAUUUUAAUGACGACUCUGGAAGCCGUUCAUCAACCUCAAUUUGUAUCUUCUCAAGAGGUGCAUCAAUAUGCGAAGUAAAUGUCUCCACGGGAUCGAGGAUAAACACAGACACUGAAUUCAGAGCAAUCAGCCUCGAACAUCGAGAGCACGGACAUGAUAGGAUAGUACUCACAUAUCAAUGGUACAACAGAGAAGCAUGCUGCUGCAGCCCAUACAUUCUUGAACGAAGCCACAUAAGUAUCUGUCACUGCAGCCACUGCAGAGCCAAUUAUUUCAGGCGUGACACCAUCGAUCUGUGCCAAAGCCUCGUUGUCUCUGGCUAAGAGGGCUGAAAUCAGCUCGCCGAGCGAGCUUGCUGGAAAACCUAGCGGUAGGGUCGCAUCGGCAAUCUUGGGAGCCAAAUUAGCACCAAAGGUGUGAUUGAAGAUGGCGUUGUAGAUUGCGACUGCCACACUGGCACCCAAGGAACGAAUUGAAAUCAUCAACCCAGAGGCGAUGGCUAUCAGUGCGGGAGGCGUCGAUAGUUGUGCGACCGUGAGUAACGCCACUAUACUGAUUCCCACUCCUGCACCCAACAAUGCCGGAAGACCCCAGAGGACGGCUAGAGAGGUAUUCGCCUUCACGCUUGUCAUUGCUCCAUUGAACCCCACAAAGCAUGCGAAAGAGAAGACCAGUGGCCCUCUCAAUGAUCUUCGCCAGGAGCAGUACACUCCUGCGCCGAGGGCACUCACACUCAUGACGUAAAACAUGACUGAAUAGUGUAGGCCAACCACUAGAGGAUCUUGAGAACUCAGUACGCUGACUUCGAAAGCGAAAUAGUUGUUGGCCGCGAAGAAUAUAACUCCCUCGACAAAGAUGCAAACCAAGGCAAGGGCGAAAUUGCGAUGUUUGAACAACCCAUGAUGAACCAUGCCGUCUUUUCUGCCAAUGGAUUCAUAGAGGAUGAAGAUAAUGGCGAGUACUGAACCGACCAGAAAUGGUGCCAGAACGUUUGCAGUCGACCAUGGAUAUGGGUUCUGGGCCCAGGAGAGGCCGAGAGAAAAGAGCACCAGGCCAGAUAUCAAGAUUCCAUAGCCAAUCCAGUCGAGUUUCCGGAGCUUUUGCAUGGUUGAGAAUUCCUUUUGAAGCUCUCUUGGUGGCGGGUUGUACAACACCGCACAGAGAACUGUGGAUACAGCAUAAAUGGCUGCGGUGAUAUAGAAGAAUGCUCUGAAUCCUUCAUCGUUCCCAUUCCGAGUCAACUGCCCACCAACAAGGAGACCAAACACGCCUCCCACGGAGGCGAAGAUAUUAAUGCUUGCUUGAGCCCAAGGUCUCCAUUUUCGCGGGAGGACUUCCGAUGGCACAGCAUGCACUAGGGGUUGUGCGCUGAAAGAGAGUCCAGAGAGAGAAAAGCCGGCAAUGGCGACGCCGAUGCUGUUGGCUCGAGAGACGAUAAUAGUACCUAUUAUCCCCAAAGCCGUCAAGAUCACAAGGAACCAUUUUCGACCCCAGUAAUCAGCAGCCUGACUGAUGGGUGGACCGAGGACCGUAGGAACAAUCACGAGACUUGCUGUCAACCAGACGAUUUGAGAUUGUCCGCCAAUGACGGCGGUGAUGCUGCAGGCGUAAGCGCCGCAUCCAACAAGUAAAACGAGCUGAGCAAGGUAGAUAAGGUCAAUGGCCUGGAUGUUGUUAGAGGACUUCCUGGCGUGAGAUGUGUAAGGUAGACAUACCAUGACGAGAACGAUUGUUUUGACGUUGACUCUGCCAUUGGGCUCGUCCAGUGGCGCAGCCUCGACAUGAAUAGUUGACCCAGAGCUCAUACUUAGGUGAUGCGAGGAAUAGUUGAGGCUUUUGAAGGGAGUUAAUGGAUCACUAAGGAAUGCCUGAAGUGUGGCU